UUUAGAACAAAAAGAAUUCCCAACCUCUCAACUGAUUUCCUUUCUAGGUGUAAAUAUGAAAGGUUGUGAUCUUGAAGCGAGUCAAAUGUCCGGGGUCAAUCUUCGUGUCGCUACAAUGAAAGGCGCAAAUUUACAGAACUGUAACUUGAGAGGAGCAAUAUUGGCGGGAGCUGAUCUUGAGGUAACCGCUCACAACUUGUUAUAUAGAAUUUUCAAACAAAACCCCCUUUCACAAAAGCUUUGUUUACGAGUAAUUUGGGACAAAUUUCACGCACAAUCGCCCCAGACUGUUUAUACUUUGUAAUUCUCCAAUAAUAGUUUUUUUUUAUCGAACUUGCAUCCAAAAAAAAAAUUAUUGGACGCUGUGGUGCCCAAGCCCAGGCGCGGCCAACAACUCAAACCCAAAAGCGUUAUCCGCCUCAGCGUCGCUUCGGUGUUAACAUUGACCUCGGUUUGAAUAAUUCUUGAUAUCAUGCUCAGCCUCAUCCAAUAAUUGUUUAAUGUUUUCUUGUGCGAAACAUGAGGAUUUACCCAUUUCCUUAGGGACUGGUCAUAAUUUAGCAGGAGGGCUGGGGAGGUGGAAACAGUGUGUGGGGGGGGGGGUCACAUAUUUUUUAACCAGGAAAAAGGGGGGUUUAUAAAAUAUUAGACAGUUUAUGAAGGCGGGGAGGAGGUCUGCUGUUUUAGUUUAGUUAGUCGUUUUAUACAUGCCUUCUCACAUUUUGUUUGAGUUUCAUUCAAAAAAAUUGAUUCUUUAAACUUAGAAUGAAAAGUUUGAAAAAACUAAAGUUUUAUAUAUGACUAUGUAUUGGUAUAAUAUAAAUUUUAAAGCGCAACUACAAAAUAUGAAAAUUUAAAGCGCAACUACAAAAUAUGAAAAUUUAAAGUGCAAUUAGAAAAUUUAUUGAAUGCAGGGUUUAGUAGUAGGUAGGUACAUUUUUACUGACGAGCAAGAGAGAGGGGGGAGCAUUAUUUUUCCGGGUUAUGGCAAAGCAGGGUCACAAAAUAUCAUUCCUUAAAAUUUUGAAUUACACCUCCCCACCCCCUGAUAAAUUAUGACCAGUCCCUUACAUUGCAUUUUGCUAGGAUCCUUGCACAUUGCAAGGAUCCUUCAAUGGUGUGGCAAAACUGCCAAAGGGCCAUUUUCCUUGCCCUUCCCCAGGAUAGUAUUAGUAUAUAGAGUUUCAAUAGUGAAAUUUGUAAUAAAUUGCACGCUAAACAUUCAAACACAACAUAAGUUUAAGUAUGCUCACCAACAAAUUUUGUAUUAUGAUAGGGGUAUGAUUUCCUGCGAUACCGGUCAGCAACAAAUUAUGAAAACAUGAAAACAAUUAUGAUACCGGUCAACAUUUUAUGAAAUGAAUUUGACUUGAUUUUAUGAUUUUAGUAACAUUUCAAACAAUGAGCAUAAACAUUUAUAAUUUUAAACUUCUUUUCAAUGUUAAACUCGUUUGCCCAAUACAGGUCCAGUAGGGCCCUGGCUUUGGGGCAAUAGGCCAUUUUUUCCUUCGGUGGUAGCAUAGAAUAAAGAUCCAUAUAGAAGGGCCACUUACGUCGGAAGCUUUGAAGUUUCUGUCCUCGCGCAUGACGCAUGUUGGCCGCCAUUUAGCUAGCCAGUCAAUGACAUUUUCUGGCCAAUAAUCACGCUGUACCGCCUUCUGGCCAGUAAACUGCAUAAAAAAAACGAGGACACGUUGCACCGCUGGGUGGCCCUUCUGUUCUGAUCUUUAUUCUGUGGUGGUGGGGCAGAGGAAUGGGCCCAGUGGGGCAAAUGCCUAACCAGUCCAUGGUAUUAAAAAAUGCCUUGCAUUCCCAACAGCAUUCUUUUUUUUAUUUUUGUUCAGAACUGUAAUAUGUCAGGCUGUGAUCUUCAGGAGGCGAACGUACGCGGUGCCAAUAUAGUUGGUCUUUCAUUGGAGGAAAUGCAAUCCCCUCUUCAUAUGUCACUAUGGGUACACACACAAUCUGGACGGAUUGAAAAUGAUCCUCAUUUAGACGUUAAUCUGGAUGAUCCUAUCAGGAUUGAUGCAGGAAUACCUUAGAUGAAGUAUGUUCGUUGAAUGCUCCAAAUGGUACGUUCUGCUUUGGCAUAUAUUUGCAUUAUAACGUGCGGCCGAGACCGAAAGAUUGAAAAUAUGCAUAUCAAAGUACGGUAGUCAACUAGAUUUAAUCUUCCAUUUGUGUCUUACCUAUACCAACAAUGCAACUGCCCAUGCAAUAUUUUUUUAUAUUGGCAACCAGCAACCAUUGUUUCCUGCGCAAGGCAUGACACCUAGAAUUUUCUCCUGUUACCUCUUUUCAAUAUUGGCGACUCAUGAUAUUUUCGGUGUUUACAGGAGUCGCCGUUUUUUGCCAAAUUAGGGAGUUUGGAAAAUAGAACGGCAACGUGGUCAUCAACAAUACAGGUAGCAUUUAUCGUCAAGGACAAAAGCGAAUGUAAAUUACAUGGUCUUAAGUUUUGUGCAAUGCCGCAGUUGUUGAAACUGGUACGCGAUUUGCACAUUUUCACGGUGCAUGACCACCGCAACAGUUAAUUCGUAUUACCCCAUAUAGAAGGGCCACUUACUGUACGUCGGUGACUUUGAAGUUUCUGUCCUCGCGCAUGUCGCAUUACGCAUGUUGGCCGCCAUUUUCCUAGCCGGUCAAUGACAUUCUCUGGCCAAUAAACACGCUGCACUGGCUGGCUGCUCCGCCUUCUGGCCAGUAAACUGCAUAUUUUUGCAUAAAAAAAAAACGAGGACACGUUGCACCGCUGAGUGGCCCUUCUGUUACUGAUCUUUAUUCUGUGGUUGCCGUUCUAGGAUGCCAAACUUCCUAAUGUUGGGGGACAACAUAGGUCUUCGCAGCGUAAUCAGCAAUAUGAUACCUUACUUCCCAUCGUCCCCUGCACGCAUAAACUAAAAGCUGGAAUUGCCUAUUGAAUUGUUUACAGCAUACUGUAUUUUUCAAAAAUUCAAAUUUUGCACCAAAGCACUCCAAACCUUCUGGAAGUGAUCAAAAAUGUUUUCUUUUAUCAAAACAAUCAUUUUCGACUUAUAAAAACAUGUUUUGCAAAAUUUGAACAUUUUAAUCAAAUGCCGGGGGGGUAGCCUCGCAGUAGCUCGGAAGAGUGAUUUUCAUUGGCUCGAUUUGACAAUUGCUUUUAUGUUUACAACAAUGAAUUGCUUCGUUCUUUAAAAAAAACCAUCCAAUGGGAGACGACCUUCCGAGGCACUGUGCGGCUUCCCAGGGGGGGGGGGGGAGAACACAGCAACUCGUCCAGGUUUUUGAGUUAUUCCUCAAUAAUUCAAAUAUUCCCCCAAAUCACUCCAGUCAACCUUCUGGAAGUGAUCGAAAAUGUGUUCUUUGGUCAAAAUGAUGACUUUCAAAUUGUAAGAACAUGUUUUACCAAAUUUUAAAAUUUUGGUUAAAUACGGGGGGGGGCACAAUGAUGCCGGUUUUUGAGUUAUUUUUUUAAUAAUUCAAAAUUUUCCCCAAAUCACUCCAAACAAAACAUGUACAAAAUUCGAUGAAAUACCAAGGCAGGGGACCACAGCAUCCUCUCAGCUUUUCAAACCAUUGAGUCAAUCUAAGGUGGAAUACAAACUAAAUACAAUGUUUUCUUUUCCAGGCAAGACAGAUCAACAUGGAUAAUGUUUUGAUGCUUUAUGAAAGUGACAUGUUUUCUAAAAACAGAUUUGGGCUUGACAAGAAAAGAAAGCUUAAUUAUCAUUCAGACAUUAUGAGAAACCCUUAGAAUGUCAUGAAAGUACUGUAUAUAAGAUAAUGAAUAGAGUGCAUCAAUCCAUCUAAGUCAUCGAAAACUAAAACCAAACAAACCUUACCAAAUUAGGUAUUAUACAAACUAUAAUUUUAUUUCUGUAUAUGAUAAUUAAUGCAUUUAUUCACCACAUUUUCAAUAAAAAAGUGAGAAAAUCAGC